GUGUGAGUGAGGACGCGGUACCGCCCUGCUGGAAGUCGCGCUAGAUUUGACCGGGGACGAUUGUUUUUAACGAUGUACAGACAGAAUUUUAGGUCUCCGAGCCCUUCCGGACCAGGCGGCGGUGAAGGAAGUCCGGGGUCUUUCCGAAGCCCUCCGCCGUACCCGAGUCCCGGUGGCCCCAUGUUUCCUCCACCGCCGCCGGCCUGGGGGCAUGGCUCCCCGCACACACCUAGCUAUGGACAUAGGCCGCAGAGGCCGUACGGCAGUGGUCACUCGUCGCCCUCUCAGAGCCCGUACGGAGGCAGGUAUGGCGGUAACUCCCCAGGUAACACUCCACCUCGGCGGCCCAGUCCUCGGUAUAACGUGUCUCCCUACAGCAAGUCUCCCGGAGGAAACGUGCAGCACUACCAGCAGCAGCAGUAUUGUGGCCGCGGCUACUCUCCCCGGCAUCCCGCCAACUACCAGGGUUCACCCAGGACAUCUUCACCAUAUGGUACACCGCAUGGCAGAGAGAAAAGAGUGUCUAAUGAUGUGGAAAACUAUUACAGACCUUCAAUGCUUGAGGACCCAUGGGCUAACCUAAAGCCAGUAUCCCUAGCUGACAUAGACCAGCAAACGAGCCAUGAGCAAACAACAUAUACUGAUAACGUAAAAUGUUUUGGAAGCCUAGAGCUGUGGUAAACAAUCAGAAAGGCCACCAGCAAUGAAGAACAAGUUGUUCUGUUAUCACCAGCGUCUCGUGACUGUUUUAUAUGGGUUUCAGUUUUCAGGACUUGUUAUCGCUUGGCAUGAGUUAGGCUUGUAUCUAAAGCCUAAUUUUUUUUUACUAUUUCACCAAUUGAAUUGGUUUUACUUUUAGAUUUUGGAAUACAAAAUGUUUGUAAUUCAGUGUAUGCUACAAGUAUAUAAUUUGUGAGAAAUUUUGGAUGUAAAAAUUUUAUAUUUGAAAUGUCAUGUAGAGGCUUAUACCUUGGUGUUAUUUGUUGUGUUUUUUUUUUUUUUUUUUUUCCCCUCAAAGUUUUAGUUAAUUUUAAUUAUCUGCAAGGGUUGUCUAUACUAAAGCAGGUUUGGCAUGUACCCAUUGUUUUUGAUCUGUAUUGUAGAAGCCUCACUUCUCAGAUUUUGUCACAGUCCAUGUGUGUACUUAGUUGGCUGUUGCUAUAUAAAAAGAGCUUUUAAAUUAAAGCUCUUGCAUUUUUUGAACUAUGUAUAUGAUUACAGUAUAUAUACUGUUCUAUUUUUUGACAUUUUUAAUUUAGAAAAGAAGCUAUAAAAAAUGUAUGUUAUAAGGUUCAACGGUUCUCUUAAAUCUGAAGUGAAUAUAAACGCUCAGACAUCUUUGUUCAUAAUAAAACUCUACAUGAGCUGUUAAUUUAAAAAUAAGAACAUAGAUUUCAGUUGUCAUAAAUGGUCAUAUUAGUGUUGGUCAUAGGUUUUAUGAAACGAAUGAUACAGUAUGUCUACUCCCGUUUUAGAGACCAGAGACUAUAUGCAAUUAUA